AUGGCGGAUGAACAAAAAACAUUAAGUCCUCGAACUAAAAAGGUUUUUGUCAACCUCAUCGACUCAUAUUCUUCCAAAUGCAUCGGGAAGUUCCUGUCAAACUGUAUUCCUGGAGCGUCUUUGGAGGACGAUGAGGGCGAGGAAGAAAACGCAAUAACUUUUCAGAUAGUGGGAACAGUCGAAACCACGACGGAUAAACGAGGGUCUCGUUUUUCAUCGGAUGAGUAUUGUGGUGUUGGCCGUGAAGACCUCCUACAACGUCUGAUGGAAUGCGAUGUUAUCGUUUAUAACAUCAGCGAAAACUCUGCGCAAUUGGAUGAGGCGUCUUGGGCGAUAUCUGCACUGCAUAGUGAAAUAAAUAAUUUUGGUGGUCCGAAGAUGUUUAUCUUGAUAUCAACCGUGAUGACGUGGGCCCUGACCAAACCAAUUGACCCAGAUGACCUGGACAUCCCUUUCACAGAGGAAGACUACAGAAGAAGACGACCCCAUCCAAAUUUUAAAGAACACAUUAGUAUAGAAAGACUUGUGCUUAAAAUGGGCAAAAUGAAAAAGUCCAGAUUGUCUACCUAUGUUGUGGCUGCUGGUCUACAAUAUGGAAUGGGAGAGAACAUAUUUCACUACUUCUUCAGGGCCUCUUGGUUGGGUGAGGUUUCCAGAGUUCCUGUUUUUGGAUCAGGCAGUAAUGUCAUUCCAACAAUACAUGUCAAUGACCUAGCAGGCUUGAUCCAGAAUAUUAUUGACCACAAACCAAAGACGCACUACUUAAUGGCUGUGGAUGACUCCGAUAAUACAUUUGAAGACAUUGUCAAGACAAUCAGCAGUGUUCUUGGUCCAGGCAAAAUAGAAAAAGUACCAAAAGAAGAGGCAUUCCUCAUCAAAGAUUUCACGCAAGGGCAAAUUGACUCCCUGUCCAUCAGCCUGCACACAGAAGCUGUCUUUUUGAAGAACCGUUUUAAUAUCCACUGGGUGUGCGAGUCAGGGAUGGUCGCAAGCAUUGACCAUGUGGUAAAAGAAUACAGACAAAACAGACAAUUGCUGCCAAUCCGUGUCUGCAUCCUAGGACCACCUGCAGUGGGUAAAACCACAGUGGCGGCAAAGAUAUGCAAGCAUUACAAAAUCCAUCAUGUCACAGUCAAGGAUGCCAUCGCUGAGAAAAUUACACAGCUGGAGGAAGUGCUUCAGAUGGACAGUCAAGAGGAUGAGAGUUUUGACGCCUUAGCUGCACAGGAACUGUUGGAUUCUCUGAAGGACAACAUGAAUCAGAAUGGAGGUCGAUUGGAUGACCAGCUUGUUUUUCAAAUUCUGAGAGAGAAGCUGAAUUCAAAACCAUGCAGAAACCAAGGGUUUGUUCUGGAUGGCUAUCCUAAGACAUAUGAUCAAGCCAAGGAGAUGUUUUAUGGUGAAGAGGAAACUGAAGAGGACACCAAAUCCAAAAUGCCUCCAUUUAACCAGAACAUCAUCCCAGACUAUGUUUUCUCUCUGGAUGCCACGGAUGAAUUCCUGAAAAUACGUGUGCAGAACCUUCCAGAGAGUAUGGUAGAGGAUACGCACUAUGCUCGGGACCAGUUCCUCCGCCACCUGGCUGAAUUCAGGGACUGUAGUUUGCAGGAUGAAACUGUGCUGGACUACUUUGAUGAGCUGGAGAUUCAUCCCGAACACAUGGAAGUUACCGGGGAGGAUUCUGAAUACUUGGCUGUGACUGAGAAAAUCAUCAGGGCUGUGGGGAAAGCCAAAAACUAUGGCCCCUCGGCUGAGGAGCAGGAGGAGGAGGUGCAUAGGAAUGAUGAAGAGAAGAUAAAGCUGCUGGCAGAAGAGAGGGAAGAGAGAGUGAGAAGGGAUGCAGAGGAGGCAGUUUGGCGGGCAGCUCAGUUAGAGGAAUGGAGUAAAAAUCGAAAGGAGGUGAAAAGACAGGAGCAAGAGUUGCUGGAGGCUCGUUCCAUCCCCUUAAGGAACUAUCUGAUGAAGAAUGUGAUGCCCACCGUCACCCAUGCACUAAUUGAAUGUUAUAAAAUCAAACCAGAUGACCCAGUUGACUUUCUGGCUGAAUAUCUCCUAAGGAACAGUGCUCUUGUUGACUGAAUCUCGAAAAUGGCUAACCAUGGACGUAAUAUGUUCUAUAAAUGUCUACUUGUCAACUAUUUUAAAUCCCUUUAUAAUAUGUGCAGCUUGUCUUUCAUUGUUAAGAAAACAUUCCACACACCAUUACACAGCCACCUGAUCUGUUGACAGAAGACAGGAUGGAUCCAUGGAUUCACGUUUUGGUGCACCUGUGCACACUGUGGCCUCCGUUUCCUGUUCUUACCUGACAGGAAUUGAACCCGGUGUGGUCUUCUGCUACUGUAGGCUGUAGCCCAUCCACUUCAAGGUUUGAUGUGUUGUGUGAUCACAGGUGCUUUUUGCAUACCACUGUUGUAAAACUUUUUUGUUAUUCUUGCCUCCCUGUCAACUUGAACCAGUCUGGCCAUUCUUUGACCUCUCUCAUUUACAAGGCUUUUCACCCACAGAACUGCUUAUUUGGUGUUCUUUGUUUUUGCACCUGUCUCUCUAAACUGUUGUACAUGAACAUCCCAGGAGAUAUGAGAUACUCAAACAAACAAUCCAGCGAACCGACAAUCAUUCCAUGGUCGAAGCCACUUGGAUCCCAUUCUGAUCCCAUCAUCAUCAUCAACAACAACUGAACCUCUUGACCAUGCAUGUUUUUAUGCGUUGAGUUGCUGCCGCAUGAUUGGCUGAUUAGUUGUUUGCAUUAACAAGAUGGUGUAGGUAUCAUCCUUAUGCAGUGGUCAAUGAGUGUGUAUGUAUGACAGAAAUGUUAUGAUACUUGCUGUACAAAAACCCCUAGACUAGCCGAUUAAAACUCUUAAUAGCAUAACCCCAGUUAAACAGCAAGCCAAUAAAUGUUUUAUGUACUAAUAAUAAUUCACAAAUGAGUAUUAACAAUAUUACGUUUUGAUGGAUUUUUAUUGAAAACAAUUAUGAUGCAUAAUUAUAAUUAUAUUCGUUGGAUAUACAAUUAUGACUGACAUUGGUAAUAAACAAUAAUUGUCCUGUUUUUGAACAAUCAACAUAAAUGACAUUACCUGUAUUGUUGGGCUAUGUGACAAA